AUGGAUUGGAAAUCCCAGGUGGGAUUUACAGAUCGGCUAAGGACCAUCCAAUCUCUCAUCGUUGCCUACCAGCAAACAUCAUCAUCAGAUGCAUUUGCAGAAGCACAAUCUCAAGCCAGAAAACAUGAGACUGAAUCAUGGACCAAUGCGACCUCAAAGGAAGAAUAUGACAUGAUGUGUCAGCAGGCAAUCGAUGAAGCUGAACAGGCAGGGAUAGCCUUUGGAGCCAAUUCCCAUGACGCUCAAGGUGAGUUAGAAGCUCCAGAGCCGACAGAGCCCACUGGGGAGCAGAUUGGCCACUACGGCUCUUGUUUGCACCAUUUUGAUGGCCUGCAUUCCACCAUAUACAAGUCAAAAGCUGCCGAUGGAAUACUCCAAGCUAUCAAAGUUACAGUCCCUCACAUGAUGACACCGCCCCAUGAUGCCCAUCGCGAGGCACGAUUACUGCGAGAAGCUUGCCAUCCUCGGAUCAUCCCUUUGACCGAGACUUUCAAUCUGGAUGGGGGGCGAUUUAUCAUGGUCUUCCCCUUUAUGCGCUAUGACUUUGAGCACCUGCUUCGACAGGAUAUGGUGACUGCCGCUCAAACACGGUCGAUUCUGAAGGACAUGUUCCGUGCCCUGAUCCAUCUGCAUGAGAUUGGGAUUAUACACCGGGACAUCAAGCCAUCCAAUAUUCUCAUGGACUCGCCUAAUGGCCCAGCAUACUUGGCGGACUUCGGUGUUUCAUGGAAAGACGGUGAUCCGGGAUCUGAGCCCUCCACGCAAAAGAUUACCGAUGUGGGCACCACCUGCUACCGGCCGCCAGAGAUCCUCUUCGGAUAUACAGAGUAUGGUCCCGCUCUUGACCUCUGGGCAGCCGGGUGCUUGGUGGCAGAGGCCAUUUCCGUGGGGCAUCGGCAACUAUUUGAUUCUGGGCCCAUUGGUAGUGAUCUGUCGCUGAUUUUCUCUAUCUUCAAAACGCUGGGGACUCCGGAUGAGCAAGUGUGGCCGGAGGUUGCUGUCCUGCCUGACUGGGGCAAGGUGGAAUUCCACUCCUUCCCUGCUCAGCCCUGGGAAGAAGUUUUGCCGGGUGCAUCCUCGAAUGGCCGUGAUCUGGUUCGCCAGUUAUUAUGCUAUGAGAGCGGAGACAGACUCUCUGCAACAGUGGCCCUUGAACAUCCAUAUUUCGCUUGA